AUGAGCGACCUGAGUUACAGCAGGGAUGAAGCACCUGUGACCAAAAAAGAUUUUAAAGAGCUACUCAAAGAAAGGAAUGCCAACAUGGCCUCAGAACUGGCCAAAGAUUUAGACCCCAUCAAGACGGGCCUGGGAGACCUUGACAGGCACACGGGCGCACUAGAAGACAAAAUGGAGGAACUUACCUCCACUACUAGCAAUCAUGACACAGCCAUCUGA